AUGCUAUUGGCACGUUUUAAUGAAUGGUCACGUCAAACUGCUUUACUCUGUGUUGCUACGGCUAUAAACGUGUUCAGACGAGCACCGAAACAUGAAAUUCAAGAUGAAUAUGUUGGGGAGAGAGAAAGUAAAAGAUUUUUUUGAGAAUUGGGGGUUAUUUUUUAAGAAUUUGAGUUUAGUACGUGUAGUAUCGUACUGGAAAGAGAGGAAUAUUGAACAAUAUAUCAGUUGUGCCUUUGGGUCAAAAAUCAUGCGAAAACAACAUCACUAAUCAUACAAACUAUGUCAAUUAGAUUGCUCAAUUAAUUCUGUGCUCCCAACUCUGAGAAUUUGCUUUGAGAGGGGGCUCAGAAUUAUUUGAACAACUUAAUACUUUUAGCAUAUGAUGAAUAGUUUAUGGCGUGGCAUAGAAGUAUAGAAGGCAUAGUAACAAAGACCUAAAAUACUGUAGUUUGGAUAGAAAAACUUAACCAUGAAAAGCUGCUGUUAGGGGGCACAUUAUUAUUUGAACAACUUAAUAUAUUUGAUGCUUGAUAACUUCAUUUCACCUAAAAUAUUGUUGUAGUUUCAGGACGUGAUGUGAAGUGUCCGGUGUGCCACAAACGCAUCCCAUCCGACGAAGCCGAAGUGCAUUUGGUGAUGUGCUUCACCCGGCCCAAAAUCGCCUACAACGAAGACGUUUUGAGCGACGAAAAAGGCGAAUGUGCCAUUUGUUUGGAGGAAAUGGACGUGGGACAGACGAUCGCGCGCUUACCCUGCCUUUGCAUAUAUCACAAAAAGUAAGGGUUUUUUAGUUUACUUCCUUCUAUGGUACUAUGGAGUACUGGUACUAUGUAGUACUGAUACUAUAUAGAAUUUUACAGCUUUCAGAAGUGAUUUUAAAUUUUUGUCAGUAUGGUACUAUAUAGUAUUAUUUUGCUUUUAUUUGGGAUUUCGAUUUUUUAUUAUGGUACUAUAUAGUAUUAUACUGCUUUUUGGUAUCAGUAUGGUGAUAUGUGUUAAAAUAUGAUUUUUUGUUAGUACUGUAUGAUUCUUAUGCUUCUUUCAGUACCAAUAUUGUGAUAUGUGAUAUAAAAAGGCGUCAACGUGUUGUACUAUAUUGCAUGAUACUGCUUUUUAGCAUCAGUGUGAUGAUUUUACUUCUUUUAGUAUCAUUUUGGUCUUAUCUAGUGCGAUGCUUCAUAUAUUAUUAGUACGAUACUGUUUUAUAUUAUUUAGUAUCAGUAUGAUGCUAUGUAGUACGAUUUUUUAAAUUUUUGACACUGCCCAUUUUCAGAUGCAUCGACGACUGGUUCCGGCGCAAAAAUUGUUGUCCCGAGCAUCCUGGCGAUGACUGA